AUGUACGUCAGUGGCGGCCAGCACGGGCUGGGGCUGGGGCUGGGGCUGGGGCUGGGGCUGGAGCUGGAGCUGGGGCUGGGGCUGGGGCUGGGGCUGGGGUCGACCGGGGAUGGGGCAGGUUACACGGCGGCGUGGGGUGGUUCGGGUGGCUCGGGGGCCACAGAAUCACAGAGGACUCCGGAGGCACCGGUCUACGGUACCUCAACGAAACACUUUGGCACCCGGCCGCAGAGCUCUGCGUGCCUGGAUACCUAUGCGUACAUGUACUGCGCGGGCGUGUUCACAAAGGCUCACUCGCCUUUCGCUGCCGAGUUCCAAGUUCCGAGUUCCAAGUCCCAAGUCCCGAGUCCCGACUGCAAUGUUGUAAAGUUAACGUUCCAAGAGCCCAGCCAAUAA